AAGGCUGAGCUCCGCCUUGACUAAACGACAUCUCCAGACGCGCAAGUCUUGCUCCUCGCUAUUACCAUUUGUCUACCACUUACCGACCAAUAGGUCAGCACCGGAAUCCACGUCCUUCUCAUUGGACACGCUCAGCCUUGCAUCGCCAGAACGACAGCAAAACCCCACUACAUCCAUAUACACACCUCUGAACAACACUCGAAACGAAAUUUGACUGCUGGAGAUCUUACCAAGAAGCUCGGACGCUGUACAAGAGCCACUCAAGUGCAAGUUUUCUGUUCAUUCUUUGGAUGACACACCCUCCUACACAGUGUUAUCUUAUGUCUGGGGCGAAUCAACAGACCAGACCAGUCAUGACAAAUGGUUGCAAGGUGCCGGCCACACUCAACCUAGCAGAUGCGUUGCUCCAGCAGCGGGAACAGGGCAUACGCAUGCUAUGGGUCGAUGCCUUGUAUAUAACUCAACAAGACGACACUGAGAGAGCUCAACAGAUACAAAGGAUGACUACGAUCUAUCGCUAAGCCACAAAUGAUGUAGUCUGGCUAGGCCACUCAGAUGCAAUGACCGAAAGAACUCUACAGAACAUUAUCAAAGUCUACAAACUGGCAAAAAUUUGAGCCUCGAGAUUCUCAAUAACCCCAAUCUCUGGACAUGGGCAUCGCGUGAUCUUUUUCCAGUCGGCCAAAGCCUUGUACAAGCACUGUGUAACGACUCGAGGAUUUGCACCUCCAUGCCACACUCCACAU